AUGUUGGACAAAGAGGCAAAGAGGCAAAAAGGAAAUGCAAUUUUAAAGGUAUGGAAUAAGCUCAAAAUGCUAAAGGGAGAUCUGAAGCAGCUAAAUAGUCAAGAAUUUAGCAACAUUGAGCACAAGAUUCAAGCAGCAAAAACUAAACUGGAAGGUAUACAGGCUCAAAUGCUAGGCUCAGGAACUGGCAAUGAGACAAUAGCACAAGAAAAGGCUGCAAAACUUGAAUUGGCUAAAUGGCUAGAGGUGGAGGAGAGUGUAUUGAAGCAGAAAUCAAGAAUCAAAUGGAUCAAAUUAGGGGAUUCAAACACAUCAUACUUCCAUACAUGUGUGAAGAAUAGGCAAGCAACAAAUCAUUUUGGCAGACUAGUCAACAAUACAGGGCAAAUACUCCAGAGUACAAAUGAAGUGGAAGAGGAAUUACUGAACUUCUACAUGAAGUUACUUGGCACAGCAGCUUCACAAUUACCAGCGGUCGACACAGAAAUCAUGCAGAAAGGUUGUAUGUUGAGUAGGCAACAACAACUACGGCUAAUCAAGCCAGUCACAAGAGAGGAAGUAAAGAAAUCAAUACUGGACAUUCAUGAUAGCAAAGCACUGGGAUGUGAUGGAUUUAAUUCAUUUUUCUUUAAGAAGACAUGGCAUAUUCUGGGUGAUGAGGUUAUUGAAGCAGUGAUGGAGUUCUUUUAA